UUUUUUUGAAGUCCAAUUAAAUUUUCAGGUUGGAAAGUCUCCCUCUUUGUCUGCUCUUUAUCUCUCUGUCUCAGAGUCUGAACCCCGUUCUUUUAAGCCUCAUCGAUGAUAUAUAGCCUCCAAACCCCUGAAAACUCAUAUUACACAAUCUCUGACCAAGAAAUAAUGUCCCUCCAACGCCAACACCAUUCCUCCUCCUUCCCUUCUUGCUUCCGUCCCUCGGCCACCGCAGACAACGACCACUUAGCACUGCCACCACCGCCUCCGCCGCCGCCACAAACCUCAGGUAAUACUGACCUUGCUACAAGUCUCUACCAUACAAAUCUAGGCCUUUUUUCCCUCACCUGGUCCCGCACCUUCCUUGGCCACUCUCUCCACCUCCACCUCCACCCUUCCUCUCACUACUCUCCCUCUACUCCUCUCUGUCUACCUGCCUCCCUUUCCUUCUCCACCCUCCAUUUUCAUCUCCAUAUCAAACCCUUUAUUUUUUGGAAGAAACAUGGAUAUAAAAAACUCAGCAGCACCACCGUCCCUAAUGUCCAAGUCUUCUGGGACCUUUCCAGGGCCAAAUUCGGAUCCGGGCCUGAACCCGACUCUGGAUUCUAUAUUGCGGUUGUUGUUGAUGGAGAACUGACUCUUCUUGUUGGUGAUUCUAUUAAAGAAGCUUAUGCCAGGACGAGAGCUCAAAGGCCUGGGAGAAGCCAAGCUCUUGUUUUGAGAAGAGAACACGUAUUUGGCAACAAAGUGUACAACACAAAGGCCAGAUUUGGAGGCAAAAGCAGGGAAAUUUCCAUUUAUUGUAGGAUAAACGAGGAUGCAAAGCUUUGUUUUAGCGUUGAUAACGAGAGGGUUUUGCAAAUAAAGCGACUUAAAUGGAAAUUUAGAGGCAAUGAGACGAUUGAAGUAGAUGGUGUCUCAAUACAAGUCUCAUGGGACGUGUAUAACUGGUUGUUUGAUCAGGAUUUGAACAAUGGGCAUGCAGUUUUCGUGUUCAAGUUUGAGAAUGAAGGCUCCGAAAUUCUUGAACGAGAUGAUCAGCAACGCGGGGCUGAAGAAGUUGUGGGUCCUUUCAGCGAGAAGAACGGGGUCGUUUUGUGGCAGCAAAGUCCAUGUAGUUUUGGCAUGAAUGGAGUAGAGUGGAAAAAGACGAGGAAAGGCUUGUUGAGAACUGCUAGAAGCUCAUCCUCUUCUUCAAUUUCGAUGUCUUCAGCUUCUUCAGGAGGCAGCUCUUCCGUAAUGGAAUGGGCAAGCGUGGAAGAGAGUGAAUUAAGUGCUCCUACAGGCUUCUCUUUGCUUGUCUAUGCCUGGAAAAAGUGAAGAUUUUCCCUUGUCCUGGUGCUCUCAUACAAUCCUCUAAUCUUUUGUUGAUAAUGUCGCUAUUCUAUUUCUCACUAACCCAUUUGUUCUUGAACAUAGUACAAUAAAAAAGUUACAUUAGGCGAAAGAAAUUAUAAAGAGAUAUAGAUGGAUCUAACCAUCUCCCCCUUAGCUUUGAAAAAGAUUCAUUUUUUACCUGCUUCUAUCUGGAAAUUUUUGUUAUUGUUUCUUUGUAACUUUGUAGUAGUAAAUUUGAUAGUCCUGUUCGAGCCCUUGGUUGUAAUCAAAGAUGCCAUACAGAUUUAAUAAGCAGCAGCAAUUGUUAACUUUGCUUUUCUUGCGCAUCAUUUUUUUUUCCUUGCUUUAAUUGCUGUAUGCAUUUGCGCAUUAUUUUUCACUUCUAUGUCUGGCUUUAGCUGUUGGAUUUUGAUUGGAACAGUAGUUGUAAUGGGAAAUUUCCAAGUUUCCACCAUAGGACAAGAUGCCUGUGAGGUGUGGGUCUUUUUCGCUUUUCAUGAUCUUUCUUGGAUGUUAGGAACUUUUGACAAUUUGGAUCCUACCACCAGCCAAGCAACCCCCAAUAAGGCUGACCCUGUCUUGGGUCUCUGAAACUGGAAGUUACUUCAUCGGUUGGUAACCUUGAAUUUUGAGUGUUGAGGAACAUAGCAAUGUCGUAUUUGAUCGACAACGGCAUCAAAGGUGGUGAGAAAUGGCCAAAUUGUGUCCGGGUUGAUUGUCUGACCACGUUACUGCUUUUCUCUCUGCUGCCUUUAUUUGUGGAAACCCAAUCCGUCUCGUGAAUUUCUGACCAUAGAUUUUCUUUUUCACCUUAAAAAAAAAAAAGAAUCUUUUUCUUUUAAUUGAAGUAUAUAUUACUUUGGUCUCUGUUCGUGGAGAUGACAAUGUACAAGUUUCCUGAUCGGGACUCGGAAUUAGGCACAAAUUCGUCUCCAAAUUGUCUACCGUAAUAACUUUUGCGCGUUUCAAUUGUAAAUGAAAACGGAAUAAAAUUUUGUUAGGCUGUCACUUGUUUCCUAUUUAAGGGUGGAUUUGGUGUGAACUUUUUUGGUUUGAAGGCAAAGCCUACCCUUGACUGUGGUUGGAUAGUUCCUCAUUUGCAUAAAUAAGAUCAGAAUCUAAUUAAAACCCCAAAGGAAAAAAAAAAAUUUAAGAAAGAGAUGACAAGUAUAAAGUAAUCAAUCUAAACAAUCAUUGGGAACAUCCUAAUAUUUUUAUAAUCCUGACUUGCCAACCGUUGGAACAUCAGCAAUAACGUGGUGGGUUCAAAUUUCCAACCAACUCCCAAAGUGUACUUCAGAUUUAGUUUGAUCCAAAAAAUGAAACGGUUUUCUACUGUAAAAUUCCAUGUAUUUGGGACUUUUGAACAAAAUAUAGUGCUUGCACCAAAUCAUGGUUGAUAGGGAAUAAGAGCCCGCAGGUUCAGGUUGGAAAACCAGGGAUCUGCUUGUUUUAGGUUUGAAAAAAAAAAGGAAGCAAGCAGUUUGCCAACUUCUUUUUAGAUUGUGAACGGUUGUUGGAUUUAAGUGGCAUCCACAUAAAUUAAAUUAUCGUUUGCUGCUUAAAGUAGGAAACGGAAUCAAACAACUUAAAAAAGGAGAAUACCCUUUUCUUCUUUUUCUUGCAAGCUUCAAUUGGCUUUGUAGUUACUGGUGAACCGACAUUACAUAUCUCCAAUACGAAAACCCGAUUUGGUUAUCAAAUUUAAGAAUCACAUACAACAUUGGACAAAAUUGAACUUUGUAAGUUUCAAAAGUUUUAUCCUA